AUGGAUCUGUACCCCUCCAGAAGGAGAUCAUCUCAUCCCAAAGCCAUUGGUAAACAGCCUGAAGAACAAAUCGGAGUCCAAGAAAAGAGAUACAGAUUGUUCGGAGCAAUGAGGAUCACUGAGAUCUUAGUUUAUUUCAUGGUUACCAUCCCUGUUUUGCUUGUACUCGUUGUCAUCUUCGGACAAGACUCGUCUGAUCAAGGAAAUGGCUUUGCAAACGCAGCCAGAAUCAUCCAAAUAAAACCAGAACCGAAUGUGACAACAUCCUUAGAUGUAUCAACAACAAUGCAGAGAGAUCAGAAACAAAACGAUUUGUCUCUGCUUGGAGGAUUACUUGUGUCUGGUUUCAAGAAAGACUCUUGCUUGAGUAGAUACCAAUCUCACCUCUACCGUAAAGCUUCACCGCAUAAACCUUCUUUGCAUCUACUUUCAAAGCUUAGAGCUUACGAAGAGCUUCACAAGCGAUGCGGACCAGGAACCAGACCAUACACCAACGCAGAAAGACUGCUUAAACCGAAACAAACCGGUGAUGAUGAUGACUCGGAAUCACAAGGAUGCAAGUAUGUUGUGUGGAUGGAGUUUAGCGGAUUAGGGAACAGGAUCAUCAGCAUUGCCUCUGCGUUUCUGUAUGCAAUGUUGACUGAUAGAGUCUUGCUCGUUGAAGGAGGAGAGCAACUGGAUGAUCUAUUCUGCGAACCGUUCCUCGACACCACUUGGUUAUUGCCUAAAGAUUUCACUUUAACUCAUCAGUUUAAUGGCUUUGGUCAAGACUCGGCUCAAUGCCAUGGAGACAUGCUGAAGAGGAAACUGAUCAACGAGUCUUCCGUUUCGUCUCUGUCUCAUCUCUAUCUCCAUCUAGCUCAUGAUUACAACGAACACGACAAGAUGUUCUUCUGUGGAGAAGAUCAGAGCUUGCUAAAGAACGUUCCUUGGUUGAUCAUGAGGACAAACAACUUCUUUGCACCGUCUCUCUUCUUGAUCCCUUCUUUCCAAGAAGAGCUCGGCUCCAUGUUUCCGGAUAAAGGAACGGUUUUUCACCACUUGGGUCGUUAUCUUUUCCAUCCUUCGAACCAUGUUUGGGGACUCAUCACAAGAUACUAUCAGGCUUACUUGGCCAAAGCUGAUGAGAGGAUUGGUCUUCAGAUAAGAGUCUUUGAUGAGAAAUCUGGCGUGUCUCCUCAAGUCACAAAGCAAAUCGUUUCAUGCGUUCAAAACGAGGAACUGUUACCAAAACUAAGCAAAUCAAGAGAACAACAGAAGCAGCCAUCAGAAGAAGAAGAGGUUAAACUCAAAGCUGUCUUGGUCACUUCUUUAACAACAGGAUGCUUUGAGAUCUUGAAAACAAUGUAUUGGGAAACUCCGACUGUGACAAGAGAUGUUGUUGCAAUACAUCAGCCAAGUCAUGAAGGACAUCAACAAACAGAGAAGCUAAUGCAUAACAGGAAAGCUUGGGCAGAGAUGUACUUACUGAGCUUAACGGAUAAGUUGGUUAUUAGUGCUUGGUCUACGUUUGGUUAUGUAGCUCAGGGACUUGGAGGAUCGAGAGCUUGGAUUCUGUAUAAGCAAGAGAAUCAAACAGCCUUGAAUCCACCUUGUGGUAGAGCUAUGUCAUCGGAUCCUUGUUUCCAUGCUCCUCCUUACUAUGAUUGCAAAGCAAAGCAAGGCACUGACACUGGUAAUGUUGUUCCCCAUGUUAGACAUUGUGAAGAUAUUAGCUGGGGACUUAAGCUUGUUGACAGAUCAUAA